AUGAUUUAUAAUAAAGAAGUCAUUGUUAAAAAGCUCAAUAAACUUUUUUCUUAUAUUGGCCCAACUUUAGCUGAUAAAGUUCCAAAAAACACCUCGAACUUUGAAUCUUAUAUGAAAUCAAUCAAUACAUCUAUGAAAGAAGUAAAAUUAAACAUAAAUGAGUUGCGAAAUGCAUUCAGCUUUCCAAAAAGUAAUAAAUGCGCUGGCAUAGAUAAUAUUAACGUGAAUGUUAUUAAAGCAGUGUUUGAUAUUAUUGAACCGUCACUGUUUUACAUUUUUAACCUUUCACUAGAAUCCGGUAUUGUACCGGAGAAAUUAAAAAUUGCUAAGAUCAUACCUAUUUUUAAAUCUGGCGAUGACACGAUUAUGUCUAAUUAUAAACCUAUUUCUUACCAUGUUUCUGAAAAUUGUUAG